AUGGCACAAAAUGCACUGUUAUCUACUCGUGGAUACCUCCAACGUAAAUGGGCUCCUGCCCUUACACAACUCACCUGCGCAGCCUAUGGCACCUCAGCCACCCAAUGGUUCCGACGAUUCCUUAGUCCUAAAGAAGAGAAAGAUCUCUAUCUAGGACUCACCGCCACAUUUCGCGAUAAACUUACAGAAAAGACAACUUACAGUGCAAAGUCAUAUAGCAAUAUUAUCGAGCAAGCUAUCUUAAAUGGUCGCAAUCAUCCUAAUCUCCCUCCACGUGGAAAAUUAUCACACGAAAGAAUGCAGGAGAUUCCUCACGCCAUUGACCUUGCCGGUAAAAUACAAGAUACUACGCAACUCGAAGCCAUCCAACGUGAAAUGGAAGAAGCCGAAAUAAGCACAGUAACACUUUAUAAUCGACUAAUACGUGGAUUUAUACAAUCAAAUGCUAUUGAGUUGGCUGACAAUGUAUUUGAAAGACUGCAAUCCAACCAUCUUUUACCAACAACCCGUACAAUGACCUACUUAAUUCGUGCUCAUGUCAAGAAAAAUAAUCUCGAAAAAGCACGGCUAUAUGUGGAAAAAAUGCAACAUCUAUCACUAAACAAACUAAGGACAGCCUUUGAUUAUUCUGUGAUGCUCGAAUACUCUAUUAUCAAUGGCGAUUCACACGCUGUUGAUUUUCUAUGGAGGGAUAUAUUAAAAUAUGCAGAAAUAGUGAAACCUGGUAUGGGAUUAUAUACACAGCAUCUGGAUUACUUGACGUUUCGCCCAGAACUGCACUCGAACCUAGCAGAGGUGGCAGAAGAAAUGCUGCGCCGUGGGGUGGCAUCGCCGACCUCAUUCCAAUGGAAUCCACAUGCUGGUCAAAUACUCUCCAAGACUGUAUUUACGCUUGCCCAGAACCCUGAAUAUGCCACCACAUCUUCUCAAUUACUUAUAUUUCUUAUCAAAGCAUCUCCGCAUCCAUGGCAACCCUUGAGUCCACUGGAUCAGUCAAUUAAUCUUAUCAUUAAUGCCUUUCUUAAACGAGGACAGGAUCUAAAAGCUUUGGCAUUCUACUAUCGCCUCAAGAGACAUAAUGCGCCUGACAAUGCAUUUUCUGCAGAAACUACACGCUCCAUUAGUGACGUAUUGUCUAAAGCAGAACAUAGACAGCACAUGGAUGCCAGUCAAGAGAACAAGGCAAUAUUGGCCGAGUUUAGCUUACUUGGUCAAAUACCUUGA